GGUCGGCUUCUGAGGGAACGUUUUGCAUUAUUUUUGCUGAAGUUAAAAUUUUUCUGUCGUACUUUCAGUAGUUGCAAAAUUCAUGAGGAAUUUACAAGACUAGGAAAUUAUGCAACCAGCGACAAUGCUUCCGAAACUUACGGAAACCACCCAAACCAUAUCAUUCUCUGAGGGGGAUGGUGUGUGCAGCGCAGAGGUUUUUGCGAACCAAGUGGUGGUGACCACAAACGCAGGGAACCACAACCACGGCAGCUCUAAGGUGAAGCUCAAGAACCUUGUGGACUACAACUGGGAGCCCAAGUUUUAUCCCGGCCAGCUGCUCGCUAUACACUUGAGCGGGAAAUACUUGGCAUAUUCAAUUAAAGCACCCAAUGCGGUGAACCCAGGAACAUGGAGUGGAAUGGUGCGCGUUGUCUACAACACGGAACCGGGCAUCGACAGACGAGCCUUGAUCAAAGGCAUGAAAGGAGAGGUGCAAGAUUUAUCAUUUGCCCACAUACAGAAAGAAGUGGUGCUAGCAUGUAUUGACGAACAUGGCAACUUUUAUGUCCAUGAGAUUGAAGCUACUGACAGUGGAUUACGGUGCACGCUUAUAGCAGAGGUGCGCGAAGAGACGGGCUCGCUGGGCGCGUGGCACCGCGUCGUGUGGUGCCCCUACAUCCCCGACGACGACGACGACGCGCCCAGCGACGACGUCGCACGGCUGCUGCUCACGACACACAAUAAUAUCGCUCGCAUGUGGAACAUCCGCGCGGCGGCGACGGGCUCCGGCGCCGCGGGCGCUUGCGGCGGCGCCGUGUGGGGCGGCGAGCACUCGGCGCCGCUCGUGGACGCCGCCUUCUCGCCCGACGGCACCGCGCUCGCCACCGCCUCGGCCGACGGCUACGUCAUGUUCUUCCAGGUGUACAUGCACAACGAGAGCAGCCCGCGCUGCCUGCACAAGUGGCAGCCGCACGCCGGCAAGCCGCUCAGCUGCCUCUUCUUCCUCGACAACCACAAGAAUUACAAUUCAGAUGUCCAGUUCUGGAAGUUCGCAGUGACGGGUGCCGAGAACAACACAAGCAUCAAGAUCUGGUCGUGCAAGUCGUGGAACUGCCUGCAAAGCAUCUCGUUCACGACUGGCCCCUCGGCCGAACCAGCUAGCCUGGGGCUCAAGGCUAUGCUGGAUUCCAGCGCUAGCUACCUCAUACUUUCUGACUUUAAGGCGCGAAGCCUUUACGUAUUGAACAUGGCACGCGACGCGGAGGACAGCACAGCCUACUGCAGGAGUAUCUCCGAGUUUCUGCUGCCCUACCCCGUGCUCAGCUUUUGCAUCGUCGAUGCCGAAGAAGAACAAGCCAAGUGCGAGUCAAGCUGCGACGACCCCUUCCACCGCAACGGCUCCGGCGACGACGCUCCCGCUGAGCCCGAUGACUUCGACUUACAAGGCCACGAGAGCCCCAGUGCGGAGUGCGGCGAGUCUGGGCGGCGCGUGCGCGUGCGGCUGUACAUCGUGCAGCCCAAAGGACUCCAGGAGGGCGAGCUGGUAUAUGCGCAGCCCAGCCCGCGCACGCAUGGUCUCUCGGACCUCGCGCUGGAGCCGCCGGCGGCGUGCGAGGCGCCCGGCAUCGCGUCCAGCAUCCUGCAGCAGCAGAGCCAGCAGCUCAAGAGCCUGCUCAUGAGCAAACAGACGCAGCCGGGCAGCCUUAUCGGGCAACGACCGGAAUCGCCCGUCAUCACGCCGCAGCUAAACCUCAUGACUCCUGACGCUUUCAGCUCACCCGGCAAGCGCGAAGAAGACGACCCACCCCUGUCGGCGACGCCUGACGUCACCGGCGUUUCGCGCACCUCCACAGGAGGCUUAGUGGUAAGCGACAGCGUCAGCGGAGGCACGAGCGCCAGCGGGGGCAGCGGCGCGCUCGGCGGCGCCAAGCUCGCCUCCGCCGGCUCCAGCCCCAGCCGCGAGGUCCAGGAGAUCAUGGCGCACGGCGACUACUACCCCCCCAUGCAGGUACCCCUUAACACGUUGGACGCCACACGGCUCACCGCGGCGCGGGAGCGGGCAACGAGCGGGCAGCGGCGCUUGAGCGGGCAACUAGCGGGCAGCGCACUCCUUCUUUUGCCCACAAUUAUUCGAGCGUUAGGAAUAAAUUUGAAUCGAAAUAAAAUUGUCGCCGUUGUUCAAACUUUUCGUUUGCGAAUAAAAACAAAUAUCUCGACAACACAACCCCGAAUACAUCAUUUCGCCGCUAAAGCGCCGCGCGAGCUGCCCGCUUGUUUCGAGAACGGGUCUGCGUUGCCCGCCCCGCUCCCGCGCCGCCGCCGCUGCCCGCUAAACUCGAGGCUGAGGCCUUACUGCGCCGGGACAAGGCUCACAUUCCAACUGCACCGGCCCAGCCCCAGCCGCGAGGUCCAGGAGAUCAUGGCGCACGGCGACUACUACCCCCCCAUGCAGGAAAACGACGACGUAGAGGAAGAUACAGAACCGGAAGUUCCAAUCACAGUCAUAACUCCCACAACUGAGCCGGCUAACGCUCCCGCCAACGCGUCGAGCACGGUCAACGUCGCUGCCUUGACCAACGCGGCCAAUUUGGCCAACGUUGCAAAUCUGACUAACGCAGCUAACAUGGCUAACGUUGCAAAUUUGACUAACGCUGCCAACAUUGCCAAUGUGGCUAGUUUGACCAACGCCGCCAAUUUGGCCAAUGUUGCCAGUUUGACCAACGCGGCCAACUUGGCCAAUGUGGCCAAUCUCCCGGCGGCGCUGGCGGGCGCGGCGCGCAGCGAGCUGUUUGUGCCGCCGGAAAAGCCGCCGCCACCCGGCAAGCUCGUGCAUUCAAACAGCGACACGUCCUGGCCCCAAAUCUCGCUCGCGCAGAUAUCGGAGGCCAAUCAGCGCAAGGCGUCGAGCGACAAGUCGAGCAGCCAGUCGCUCAACGCGUCGCUGCUGACCGCCAACGACCGCGACCGCGACACGCCGGCUGAGCGCGCUAGACUUGACGCCUUGGACCUGAAGCUGGAUAAACUCACAGACAAGUCGAGCAGCCAGUCGCUCAACGCGUCGCUGCUGACCGCCAACGACCGCGACCGCGACACGCCGGCUGAGCGCGCUAGACUUGACGCCUUGGACCUGAAGCUGGAUAAACUCACAGUACAUGUCCAAUGUCCAUGUCUCGACAAGUCGAGAAGCCAGUCGCUGCUGACUGCCAACGAUCGCGACCGCGACCGCGACACGCCGGCUGAGCGCGCUAGACUUGAUGCCCUGGACCUGAAGCUAGACAAACUCACAGACAAGUCGAGCAGCCAGUCGCUCAACGCGUCGCUGCUGACCGCCAACGACCGCGACCGCGACACGCCGGCUGAGCGCGCUAGACUUGACGCCUUAGACCUGAAGCUGGAUAAACUCACAGGUUGCUGGGAGCGCAUAGCGCGCGUGGGCGAGGCAGCUAGCGGUCGCGCGGCGCAAGCGGCGGGGCUGGGCGCGGCACGUGCGUUGGAGCCGCUGGCGGCCGCGCUGCAGCACGAGCUGGCCGCCAAGCUGUCCGCCACCGACCACCUGCUGCGCGACAACAUCGACAAGCUGGCCAACAGCAAGACCAUGAUGGAGCGGCUAAGCACAUCAAUAGCGAAAUCCCUCUCAGACAUGGUGCGCGAGUCAUUCCGCGAGACACUCUUCGAAUGCGUGGUGCCCGCCAUGGAGAAGGCGCACGCGCAACUGUUCCGGCAGAUCAACGGCGCCUUCCAAAACGGCACUAAGGAAUUCGCGGCCAACACAGAGGCGGCCGCGCGCGCCGCGGCGGAACGGGGCGGGGCGGCCGCCACCGCGUCUCUCCGCGCUGCCCUCGACCGCCACGCCGCAGCCCUGGCCGCCGCCGCCGCCAACCACCCCUCCCCGCACCACUAUGCGCCCGCCUUGCAAGAAGCGAACACUUGCAUCGCUCCGGCCGCCGUGUCUCUCCGCGCUGCCCUCGACCGCCACGCCGCAGCCCUGGCCGCCGCCGCCGCCAACCAUCCCUCCCCGCACCACUAUGCGCCCGCCUUGCAAGAAGCGGCACACAGUGUUCUGGAGAAGGAGAUGGUAUGGUGGCGCGAGCAGGCGCGCUCGCUGGCGCUGCAGGUGUCGCGCGCGCACUCGCCCGCCACGCCCGCCGCCUCGCACGCCUCCUCCAUGGACCGCCAGAUGCAAGUGGCUCAGAUCCAAUCACUAAUGAGCAGCGGCGACAUGAACGGCGCGUUCCAACUAGCUCUCUCAGCUUCGGACCUGACGCUGGUGAUGUCUGCGUGCCGCGCCGCCGAGCCCGCGCGCGUGUUCGGGCCGCCCUGCCAGCUCAAACAGCACGUGCUGCUGUCGCUCGUGCAGCAGCUGGCAGCUGAUAUGUCGCGGGAUACUGCUCUCAAACACAGAUACUUAGAAGAGGCGAUAAUGAACCUGGACACGUCAAACCCAGUCACACGCGAGCACUUACCGGUCGUAGUGCGCGAGCUUCAGAAGCAGGUGUGCGCAUUCCUAUCGGCGCAGCCGUCGCACGCGCUGGCGCGGCAAUUCAAGAUGCUGCUGAUGGCCGCCGACUCGCUGGUCAAGGCCGCCUGACCGCCCGCCUGCCGCUGCCGCUGCCGCGCGCACCACUACUGACUAGUGACGACGUAGUGAUGUGACAGUGACGGACUGUGAAGUGACGUGUUGAUGUGACGAUAUUACUAGUGACGCAGCUGAGAGUUUUUAGUUUAGCCAGCAACGAGAAAAAACUAGAAUUAAAAAAAAUGUAUUAGGCGGUUAUCACACUGCGUGAUUUCAUAUAAAAAAUCCCGCGCGCGGACGUUGUCAGUGUGUGCCGCGCGUGUUUUCUAUACAAACUGUACUUGCAUACAAUGAUUAAAUCUGUCGUCCCGCGUACCGCGGCGGAGCGCGGCGCAGUGUGAUAAUUUUGAUCAAGUCACCGUUGCUGGCUGAUACAUAAAACGCUGUGUUGCUUGUCUACGAUACGUCCGCUGGCGGAUUUCGUCAAAUGUGUGAUUCAGGAACCAGUGAAGAGAAAUUGAAGAUUCUAUCGAGAUUCAGUUUGUAUUACGAAAAUAUCUAUGAACAAAAUCGUAGACAGGCUGUGUGUGUAUAAAUGCGAUGUUGGUAAUGCAUAAAUGUUAAACUUGUGUGCUAUAGACACUGUCACGUGCGGAUUUUUUACAAAAUGAGUAGAUUUAGCGCUUAGUGGAUCAAGUGCUGCGCUAUUGUGAUAGACAUUGUUCACACUACUAGGAUUAGAAAAUGUUUCAAUAUAAAACUAUGUAUUUCAUUUUGUUAUUAUCACAUUGACUCCUCCUGUCUAAAAGUAUAUCAAAACUCAUGUCACAUUUCAAAAGAAAUUUUUUUCAAUUUGUAUGAUUUUUGUGUUUAAACUUACCUACUUCAGAUGAUAUGAUUUUGAGAAAUGCCAAUCCGACAAUAGCAGCUAAUAAAUGGUGCCAUGAGAAAGGUGGCUUUAAAUGUUGUUUAGUACACAUGUUCCUACUUACAAUACACAAUAUACUGCCAUACUUUUGAUAGAAGUUUAUUCAUGAUGCCUAACUAAACAUAAACAGCUAAGAACCGUUUCAAUUUCAUACUAUGUGAGGUUGCAUUUUUGUAAGUUACAAAUUAGCAGUUUGUAUAACUUUGAAGUUACAAAAAUAAACACUCCUAGUUGUAAUAAAGAAUUUGAAUUUGAAUUACUAAUAAGGAUCUAAUAUAUUGUUUCGUGUUGGCGUUAUUCUAAAGGGAGGUAUCUCUGCUGUAUUAUUAUCACACAUUUUCUUCACGUUACUACUAUUUGUCUCACUCUCGUGCCCUUUCAGUACUUUACCUAUUUCAUAUACCUCGUGCGUAAAGCUUCAAGUGCACAUUUCCGAUAGGUAGUACUUACAACUUGAUGACAUGACUGAAUUCAAUGACUGAUAAAUUGAUAUAAGUCAACACCUAUCUUUGACUAUUUUAAGAUCCUAAGCUCCCUAUUGCUCCAGUGUUGGGCCAUUUAUACCUUUAAAAGGGUGUUCAAUAUAUGCAUUAAGUAUAUUGUUACAAGUUACUGUGAUGAGUCAAGUGUAACUCUGUGUACAAAUGCGAAGCUGCCUGAUAGAUUAGAGUUAAGUGCUUAUUGUAGGACUAUGACUGCUGAAUGUGCUCAGUGUGGAUAAAUGUAUAACAAAAACAUGAGAAAUCCCACUGGUAUGUAUUAUGUGAAUGUUUCAAUGUUUCUUCUUGAUUAAAUCUAUUUCGCUGAACAGAUUAUUUAUCGGCAUACAUGCUUCGGAUAACAUCAAAGUAUUAAAAAAUAAAGCAUGGUAGGUAAUGCUUGUUUGCACAGUUAACUCAAAAGUGUGUAUGGACUACUCAGUGGUGAUAUUGUAUUUAUUUCGUAUGCUUUAAGUGCAAGAAAUUGUUUCUUCGUUUAGUAGCCAGUACCACCGCGAAGUGCGUAACGCACAGAGAAGCAGCUUUAUCUGUGGUCAUGGAGCUAUAACGUAUAUAUAUAUAUAUAAUCAUUUUGGAAAGAACAUCAUCAUCACAAAAUAAACAGUAGAGAGGUCUCACCUCAUAUUGACCAACUGACCAAAUCCCAGAUAACAGUUCUCACUUAAAUUCAGGUCGUAAACGAUUUGCUAACAUUUCUCUGUAAAUCUACCAACGCACAGCUCAACCAACAAGACCAAUGCUUUUAUCAAGUAAUUUUUAACAUUUUUUCUUAAUUAAGAUCUGACAAUUAAAAGUUUAUUGUUUUAGGUGUCGUUAAAUUGUUGCUUCUAUUUAUAUUAUUGAAACUUAAAUCUAGAAAUUUAGUUUGAGAUUUCUUACUAUUAACUCAUUGCCUCAUUUGUUUUUUCUCGUAUGCGUGACGUUGCGUUGCGACUGGCCGUAGGGCCCCAAGAUAUUCAGUUACUAUAGAAGUAUUUAAUUACUGUAGAAAGCUAGAACAUUAAUUGAUUUGACAGAUUUUAGUUUAUUAUAACGAUGAUUGUCACAGAUCGAGAGUAAGUAUUUAUAAGAAAAUGUAUAAAUAAAUGAAACUAUUGAUUUGUAA